UGAGUUGAUUAUCAAAAUAAUCGUUAGUUGCAGCCCUAACACGAAGCAUGGGGGUGGCAGCAUAAUGUUGUGGGGGCGCUUUGCUGCAGGAGGGACUGGUGCACUUCGAAAAAUAGAUGGCAUCAUGAGGAAGGAAAAUUAUAUGGAUAUAUUGAAGCAAAAUCUAAAGACAUCGGCCAGGAAGUUAAAGCUCGGUCGCAAAUGGGUCUUCCAAAUGGACAAUGACCCCAAGCAUACCUCCAAAUUUGUGGCAAAAUGGCUUAAGGACAACAAAGUCAAAGUACUGGAGUGACCAUCACAAAGCCCUGACCUCAUUCCGAUACAUAAUUUGUGAGCAGAACUGAAGAAGUGUGUGCGAGCAAGGAGGCCUACAAACCUGACUCAGUUAAACUAGUUCUGUCUGGAGGAAUGGGCCAAACUUCCAGCAACUUAUUGUGAAGCUUGUGGAAGGCUACCUAAAACAUUUGACCCAAGCAGUCUUCUACUUCACCCAGCACUGAUAAUCUUCAAGGGAUGCAAAUUGAUUCGACUGAUCAAGGAAUGCAGCAUAAUGCAUUUCCUAAUGGUCAGCCUUCUUUACCAAGCAGUGAUGAUCAUUUGACUGAUCAAGGGAUGCAAAACAAUCUGUUUCCUAAUGGUCAGGUUUCCAACAGCUUUGUUGUCACUACUCAACCUGCCAGCAUUACUGGACAAGACCGAGUCCUUUCCAAGACUGAAUUUGACCAGGACAUAUAUAGGGGUCUAGAUGAGUUGACAGACCCUACAACACCUCCAUGAUGUUACAAAGCAUCAAAACAUCUCAAGGUCUCCAGAUCCAAGAUCAUUUUCAUCAUCAAAGGAGGACAGCCAUACAGCUGAUGAUAACAGACCAAACGCCUCUGCAUCACAUGAUAUUGCAAAAUUUAAAGUCAAAGUGAUCUGGCAAGAAUCACUUUCAGAGAAAAAAAAGAAAUUAUCAUUGGAGAAAGCCCUUCAGGCCUGGUGUAACAGUCAUUUGUCCAAAGAUGUUAGAAAACAAUGCAGUGUCAUCAGCCUUGAACUCAUGGCUGACUCCAACUAUGCAGAGGUGCAGAUUAGCCCAUCAGAAGCUCUGAAUGUUUUAAAAAACAUCAAAAAAGUACCUUUGAAGUUUAAAUCUGAAUAUCCAUUUAAGGAAGUGAUUGUGCUGGAUGAAACACAUUCUCUGCCUGAAGCACAAAACUUAAAAUCCAUGCUGGACAAGAAAGAAGUUCCCUUUUCAAAGGCAAACACGGAUAUGCUUCAGAUCUCUGCAAAAGAAGAAUCAAACAAUAGCAAGGACAUUUUAGUGAAGAGAGCCCCAAAUAGUGCUGAGACCACACCCUUAGUUGCACUUACUGUCCCCCUCUAUCAGUACUGGUAUAUGCAUCAUGCUUACAGAAAGGAGCUGGAAAAAAUUGAGAAAGAACAUGGAGUCACUUUUUCUGCAGAGGUAUCAGUCACAUUCAGACCUACCCAUAGCGCAAGCUCUGAUUCUAUGUCUAAAGCACCUGAGAACUUUCAGAAACUUUUACAGGAGUGUUUUGGAAAUUUUAGCUAUGCUACUUUUCACCACACUCACAUGGAUUCUGAUAUUGUGAAGGAGAUUCAGCGAAACAUCCAAUCAGAAGAGCAAAGGAUGAUGUUGUCCAUAUCUGCCAGUAAUUGUCUGUUCUUAGGACCAAAGAAAAUCACUGACAUGAUAAACAGAAAAUUUGGUUUGGUAGAAGGUGCAGAGGCUGCAAGACUGGAAAGCCAAUUCAAGGACAAAUCAAGUAAAAUGCAAAUAGGUGACAGUGUUUUUCAACAAAAUUGGACUUCCCUGGUGAUGGACACUAAGGACCUUCCAACUCAACUUGAGAUGGACAAGGUUCAUUGGGAUCUUAUUAAAAUUUCCUAUGAUGGACAAUUAGCACAGCUUGAGAAAAAAUAUGGGGUGUCAUUUCACCCUGAAAAACAUCAGAACAAUUUAACCAUUAAGGUGAGAGCUCAAUCCAAAAUAGGCCAAUGUACAAAUCUUGAAAGCCAUGCGCUCAGAGCCUUAAUGCAACUCUACCAGAAGCUUGCUACAGCAACUUUCACCUGUGAACUUAAAAUCCCUAAAGAUGCAAAUAUUGUUGCACCAAUAGUAGAGAAACUUCAGAGCCAGCAUUAUUGUGUUAUUGCAGUAGAUGUGUAUGGUUCCUGGAGGCUUGUUGGACUUCCAGAGCACCUUGGCCCUGCCAUUGCUGAGAUUGAGAAGACACUUCAGAAGAACGUGUUUGCUGAAAAGAUGAAGAAAUUGAUUGGUUACUCAAGUGAUAUCCCUCACACAAGUGGAAUCAAAUGGGACAACACACCUUCUCUUGGACAAGAAGCAGUGGGUGGACAAGAUUGGAAGGUGGGAAUUCAUUUUAGAGUGAAAGAUGAUAGUGAUACUGGUUUUAAUGGAGAGUCAGGAGAAAGAGUAAAGGAAAACUCUACAACAGACAGUAAAGGUGCACAUGGCGAAGAGGAACAGUGCCCUAUUUGCAUGGAAAUUUUCACCAAUGAGAAACAACUGAAGUGCGGACAUAAGUUUUGCUCUGAAUGUAUAAAGAGGGCAGUGGAGGCUAUGGGUUCAAUCUGUCCUGUGUGUAAGGAAGUCUUUGGGAAGAUGGAGGGGAAUCAGCCGGAUGGAACAAUGUAUGUUAAAAAGCACAGAGAAAGUCUCCCUGGAUAUCCAAACUCCGGCAUUAUUGAAAUCAAUUACGAAAUGCCAGGUGGUACCCAGACGAGUAAGCAUCCAAACCCUGGACAGUUUUAUAAUGGGACAUAUCGCACUGCUUAUCUGCCUGACAACACUGAGGGAAAUCACGUGCUCAAACUCCUGCAGAGGGCUUUUGAUCAGAAACUGAUUUUUACUGUUGGAACGUCAACAACCUCUGGUGCAAAGAAUACUGUCACCUGGAAUGAUAUACAUCAUAAGACCAGUCGUUAUGGUGGACCUGAACGCUAUGGUUACCCAGAUCCCAACUACCUGAAAAGAGUGAGAGAUGAGUUAAAAGCCAAAGGCAUUGAAUGAAGACAUAUGCUAUGAAGUGUGGAGAAAAAAAAAUACUUGUAGAUGAAGUACAUAUACAGACCGACUGUACAUUAUCACUGAUAUUACAUACAUACUGUACAUAAUUGGGUCAGACAGUCAUCAUCACAAAAUAAAUACCAACAGGUGAAGAGAUUUGUUUUGUGAUAAUGACUGGCUAACAAGAAAUACAGCCAUGCAGAAAAUCAGUUUACUUACUGGGACAACAGUUUAGUGGUUAUUUAAAAAAAAAAAGAACAAACAACAAA